AUGAUUAUGAAUAGCUCGGACAUAUUUUGUAAUUACGAAGAAGUUGGUAACUUCACCAACAACUCGUCAUGUGUGAGCACGACUCGAUCUUCACCCAGCUUUAUCGACCUGGCGACUUUUAUGCACAUCUUCCCGUCCAUAUACGGCAUCCUGUGCACGAUAGGAGUGAUCGCCAACGGUUUGGUGAUUUACGCAGUGGCGACAUGCAAGAAGAAGAUGGUCUCGGACAUCUAUGUGCUGAACUUGGCCAUCGCAGAUAUGCUGUUCUUGCUGGUGAUGCCCUUCAACAUUCACCAGCUGGUCCGGGACAGACAGUGGGUGUUCGGGAACUUCAUGUGCAAAGCUGUCGUGGUGGUGGACGUUAGCAACCAGUUCACUACCGUGGGGAUUGUAACGGUGCUAUGUAUUGACAGGUAAGUCUCCAUCUCUGCAAAUUCAAUAGGUGUCAGUUUUACCAUGACAAAGAGAGGUGUCUAAUAUAGCAUCAAUUAGGUCUCCCUUCACCUGUAUUUAUCCAGGGAGAUAUAACCUUGUGUAGGAUAUGAUUAUAACAUAGUUAAAACCAAAAGGUUAUUAAGAAGAACAUUUGUUUUAUGCAGCCUUAAGUUAUAAGGAACUGUAGCUCAGCUGGUAGAGCACGGCGCUUGUAACGCCAGGGUAGUGGGUUCGAUCCCCGGGACCGCCCAGACGUAAAAAUGUAUGCACACACUGACUGUAAGUCGCUUUGGAUAAAAGCGUCUGCUGAAUGGCAUAUUGUUAUUAUUAAGAACAGGGAUCAUCAACUAGAUUCAGCUGCGGGACGAUUUUUUUCUUGAGCGGAUGGUCGGGGGGGCUGGAACAUAUUUACAAAUUAAUUUGUAGACUGCAAAUUGACAACAAGAAGCCCAAACAGAUAUAAAAUUUGACUAAAACAUAAUAAUUCAAAACCUUGCAACAUUUGUAUAAAAUCAAGUGUCUCUCUAUUAUAAUAGUUGGGAACAAGAGUUCUAAAAUUAAAAUCACCUGAAGCUGAUUUGCUGAUUUGUUUUUACAGUCGUUUUUCCAACAAUGAAAUAAUAAUACAAAUAAUAAUUAUAACAAUGAUAAUAAUUAUAAUAAUAAUAAUAACAAUAAUAAUAAUAAUAAUAACAAUAAUAAUAAUAAUAAUACAUGUUUCUCAGAAAACUUGGGGGGGGGGGGGGGGGGGGGGGGGGGGGGGGGGGUCAAUUAAAACGACCCUCAGGCCUCCAGUUGGGGAACCAUGGUCAAGAUGGUUCAGUGAUGCAGAAGAGCCAAAACAGACCAGUAAAAUCUGAGGAUAUACAGUACCAUUCAAAAACGUUCGGACACACCUACUCAUUCAAGGGUUUUUCUUUAUUUUUACUAUUUUCCACAUUGUCGAAUAAUAGUGAAGACAUCAAAACUAUGAAAUAACACAUAUGGAAUCAUGUAGUAACCAAAAAAGUGUUAAACAAAUCAAAAUAUAUUUUAUAUUUGACAUUCUUCAAAUAGCCACCCUUUGCCUUGAUGACAGCUUGCACACUCUUGGCAUUCUCUCAACCAGCUUCACCUGGAAUGCUUUUCCAACAGUCUUGAAGGAGUUCCCACAUAUGCUGAGCACUUGUUGGCUGCUUUUCCUUCACUCUGCCGUCCGACUCAUUCCCAAACCAUCUUAAUUGGGUUGAGGUUGGGGGAUUGUGGAGGUCAGGUCAUCUGAUGAAGCACUCCAUCACUCUCCUUCUUGGUAAAAUAGCCCUUACACAGCCUGGAGGUGUGUUGGGUCAUUGUCCUGUUCAAAAACAAAUGAUAGUCCCACUAAGCCCAAACCAGAUGGGAUGGCGUAUCGCUGCAGAAUGCUGUGGUAGCCAUGUUUGUUAAGUGUGCCUUGAAUUCUAAAUAAAUCACAGACAGUGUCACCAGCAAAGUACUCCCACACCAUAACACCUCCUCCAUGCUUUACGGUGGGAAAUACACAUGCAGAGAUCAUCCGUUCACCCACACCGCGUCUCACAAAGACACAGCGGUUGGAACCAAAAAUCUCAAAUUUGGACUCCAGACCAAAGGACACAUUUCCACCGGUCUAAUGUUUAUUGCUUGUGUUUCUUGGCCCAAGCAGGUCUCUUCUUAUUAUUGGUGUCCUUUAGUAGUGUUUUUUUUGCAGCAAUUUGACCAUGAAGGCCAGAUUCACGCGGUCUCCUCUGAACAGUUGAUGUUGAGAUGUGUCUGUUACUUGAACUCUGUGAAGCAUUUAUUUGGGCUGCAAUUUCUGAGGCUGGUAACUCUCAUGAAAUUUUCCUCUGCAGCAGAGGUAACUCUGGGUCUUCCAUUCCUGUGGCGGUCCUCAUGAGAGAAAGUUUCAUCAUAGCGCUUCGUGGUUUUUGCGACUGCACUUGAAGAAACGUUCAAAGUUCUUGAAAUGUUCUAUAUUGACUAACCUUCAUGUUUUACAGUAAUGAUGGACUGUUGUUUCUCUUUGCUUAUUUUAGCUGUUCUUCCCAUAAUAUGGAUUUGGUAUUUUACCAAAUAGGGCUAUCUUCCACAAGCUGACUGUAAACUACUGCCAAAUUCACAGUAACCCCUUUACAGUGUGCUUUACAUGCUGGAGUUGUACUUUUUCCCAUGCAAUAAAGACAUGUAAUUGCUUUUGGUGUGUUUAUUAGAACAGAAAGGCGAUGUUUUGAUCCAACAGCAUAUGGCACAUCAACAAUAUAGUAGCCCACAAUACCAUGUCAAUAACCCUGAGGGCAGAGAAGGAUCAGUUAAUAAUGGAAUGGGAUUGUCACAGAUUGAAUACUCAUAGUGUCACGCCCUGGCUCUGGGGACGCUUGUAUGUUGAGCCAGGGUGUGAGUUUUCUUUGUUUGUUCUAGUUUUGUAUUUCUAUGUUGGCCAGGGUGGCUCCCAAUCGGAGACGGCUGUAGCUCGUUGUCUCUGAUUGGGAGCCAUACUUAGGUAGCCGUUUGGCAUUGUUUUAUGUGGGAUCUUUUGUUCCAGUGUAGGUUUGUCUUUGAACCGAGGACGUCACGUAUCGAUUUGUUGUUUUCUUCGGGUGAUUAUUCUAAUAGAUAAAAGUAUGUUCGCCUUCCACGCUGCGCCUUGGUCCUCUGUAUCCGACGAUCGUGACGCAUAGCCAUAGAUAAAACAUAUAUUAAUAGGUUAAUUGGUCCAUGCUCUUCGUAAUACAACCAUUUCAGUCACAGCCGAUGCUAUUGUAUUGAUGAUCCAUAUUCUUCUCAUUAUUAAAGUCCGUCUCACACGACUGUAAAAUGUAACCACUCUCAAAUACAUAGACAGAGCUAUAGGUGAAAGGACUGACCAUCCACAAUAUCAAUAUUAUAGUUUUAACCAUGGGCUCUGUUCAAUCCGUAUCGCGGAAGUUCAAGGUUGAUGCGUGAUUGAAAUGUAUGUUCUUGUGUUGGCGGAGACUGCGUUCACAGUCAACCCACAUAUGACCUUUACAUUUCUAUCACACAGUCUUUACCACUUCAGCUUGACAGGUUGAAUUGAGCCCAAUGUUUUGAAGCUAUACAGUGUCUGUUUAUAUUGUAAAACAAGCUUCCAUUUUGGGUUCUGAUGGAGUAUGCGAGUUGAACUGAGCUCAUGAGGCAUUUAUAAGUUGUAUUCUUCAAGAAUCAAUGGGGUACAUAUUAAUUUACAAGUCCAAAAAUGGAUGUAGCAACUGCUGAUCGCCCCUUUAACCAGUAGGCAACGAUCCGGGCUGGUGGACGAGACUGUGAAGUGUCAAUAAACAUGUUCGCAUUGAGACAAAGACCUCCAGUAAUGGUCACCGUCAUCAUGGUCAGUUGUCUCUGUAGCAGUCUUUGUGCUAUUGAGGGCUAAUUCUGUUUGUGUAUAUAGAGGAAAGAGACCGUCAUGCUUUCAUAGCAGACAUGCUCUCCAAUUACUGGACCUGAUAGAACACAGACUCACUUAUGUCUCUCUCUCAAACCACACACAACACAACACACCACACACACAACACACACAAACACACACACCACAAAACACACAACGAGUCUCUCUCUCUCUCUCUCUUCUCGCUCUCGGCGAACGCUCACUCGCGCGCUCGCGCUCCUCAGGCGCUUCCUCUCAGCGCCCACACACAAAAACACAACACCACACCCAAAAGACACAACCACACUACACACACAAACACCACACAAACAACACAACAACUCUUCUCUCUCUCUCUCCUCAUCUCUCUUGCUCUCUUCUCUUCUGUCCUCACACACACACAAACACCACACACAACAAGGUGUCAUCUCGCGCGCUCUCUCUCGCUCCCGCUCUGCUUCCUCGCGGGCGCGCUCGGGCGGUCGCUCUCGCUCCUCUCUCGCUCGUGCUCUCUCUCGCUCGCUCUCGCACACACAACACACACACACACACACACAAACACAACAACACACACACACACACACACACACACACAACACACACACACACACACACACACACACACACACACAAACACACACACACAAUGAUGUCUCUCUCUCUCUCUCUUCUCUCUGCUCUCUCUCUGUCUCUCUCUCUCUCUCUCAAACACCACACACAAACAUGAGUCUCUCUCCGCACACUGAUGUCUCAUCUCUCUCGCUCUCGCUCUCUCUCUCUCCUCAUAUCUCUAUCUCUCUCUCUCUCUAUCUCUCUCUCUCUCUCUCUCUCUCUCUCUCUCACACACACACACACACACACACACAACACACACACACACUAUGUCUCUGUCUAUCUCUCUCUUCACAGACACACAUACAAAUGUUAUGUCUCUCUGUGUCACACAGUCACACACACACACACACACACACACACACACACACACACACACACACACACACACACAACACACACACACACACACACACACACACACACACUAUGUCUCUCUGUCUCUCUCUCUCUCUCACACACACACACACACACACACACACACACACACACACUGUCAGCGGGUGUUGUAGGUGGGUGUGGUGCAGGAAUCAGGCGCAGGACGCAGAAACUUAGUCCAAAAGAAUUUAGUGAACAAUCACUUAGAACACGAGCCAAAAAAGCCCGGAUGCGAGAAAAUACGCACACAGGCGUAAAACAAAAUGCGCGCUAACAUGUGCGAGAACCCUCCCAAACAGAGGAGGAAAACAACGAAGCACAGACAACCAACAGUAGCGCAAUCACACACAACACAUGACAAACACAACAAGAACUUAUAGGACAAAUAAUGAACGCUAAACGAUAACAGGUGUACAACAUCAAGACUAAACCAAACGAACAUCGAAACAUACAACGGUGGCAGCUAGCACUCCGGAGACGACGACCGCCGAAGCCUGCCCGAGCAAGGAAGAGAGGCAGCCUCGGCCGAAACCGUGACACACACACACUAUGUCUCUGUCUAUCUCUCUCUUCACAGACACACAUACAAACAUUAUGUCUCUCUCUGUCACACAGUCACACACACACACACACACACACACACACACACACACACACACACACACACACAAACACACACCUCUACAUCUCAUUAGCCUUACAGACUCACAGCUCCAACAGAUUAACAGGAUUAGUUCAACACAGAUUAGUUAAACCACCAUCCCAGAUAGUUUAUGUGAACUAUAGACUCCAAAAAAAUUUCCCACACUUGCUUGUUUCCAAAGAUUGUGCAAACUCUAAGCUAAAUCAGGUGGAACAUACUGUAUUGGACGACUGUACAGUGGGUAGGCCUUUUGACGUUCAGUAUGUGUUUGAAUAGCAAAUAUGAUCAAAAGGCCAUGACAGGGUCUUACUGGAACAUGACAGAGUCUUACUGGAACAUGACAGGGUCUUACUGGAGGGUCUUACUGGAACAUGACAGGGUCUUACUGGAACAUGACAGGGUCUUACUGGAACAUGGCAGGGUCUUACUGGAGGGUCUUACUGGAACAUGACAGGGUCUUACUGGAACAUGACAGGGUCUUACUGGAGGGUCUUACUGGAACAUGACAGGGUCUUACUGGAACAUGACAGGGUCUUACUGGAGGGUCUUACUGGAACAUGACAGGGUCUUACUGGAACAUGACAGGGUCUUACUGGAACAUGACAGGGUCUUACUGGAGGGUCUUACUGGAGGGUCUUACUGGAAUAUGACAGGGUCUUACUGGAGGGUCUUACUGGAACAUGGCAGAGUCUUACUGGAAUAUGACAGGGUCUUACUGGAACAUGACAGGGUCUUACUGGAACAUGACAGGGUCUUACUGGAACAUGGCAGGGUCUUACUGGAGGGUCUUACUGGAACAUGACAGGGUCUUACUGGAACAUGGCAGGGUCUUACUGGAGGGUCUUACUGGAGGGUCUUACUGGAACAUGACAGGGUCUUACUGGAACAUGACAGGGUCUUACUGGAACAUGGCAGAGUCUUACUGGAGGGUCUUACUGGAACAUGACAGGGUCUUACUGGAGUGUCUUACUGGAACAUGACAGGGUCUUACUGGAGGGUCUUACUGGAACAUGACAGGGUCUUACUGGAACAUGGCAGGGUCUUACUGGAGGGUCUUACUGGAACAUGACAGGGUCUUACUGGAACAUGACAGGGUCUUACUGGAGGGUCUUACUGGAACAUGACAGGGUCUUACUGGAACAUGACAGGGUCUUACUGGAGGAUCUUACUGGAGGGUCUUACUGGAGGGUCUUACUGGAUCAAGACAGGGUCUUACUGGAGGGUCUUACUGGAACAUGACAGGGUCUUACUGGAACAUGGCAAGGUCUUACUGGAGGGUCUUACUGGAGGGUCUUACUGGAACAUGACAGGGUCUUACUGGAGGGUCUUACUGGAACAUGACAGGGUCUUACUGGAUCAAGACAGGGUCUUACUGGAGGGUCUUACUGGAACAUGACAGGGUCUUACUGGAACAUGACAGGGUCUUACUGGAACAUGACAGGGUCUUACUGGAGGGUCUUACUGGAACAUGACAUGGUCUUACUGGAGGGUCUUACUGGAACAUGACAUGGUCUUACUGGAGGGUCUUACUGGAACAUGACAGGGUCUUACUGGAAUAUGAUAGGUUCUUACUGGAACAUGACAGGGUCUUACUGGAGGGUCUUACUGGAACAUGGCAGGGUCUUACUGGAACAUGACAGGGUCUUACUGGAGGGUCUUACUCUUGUCUCUUACUGGAGGGUCUUAUUGGAACAUGACAGGGUCUUACUGGAGUGUCUUACUGGAACAUGACAGGGUCUUACUGGAAUAUGAUAGGUUCUUACUGGAACAUGACAGGGUCUUACUGGAUCAAGACAGGGUCUUACUGGAGGGUCUUACUGAAACAUGACAGCGUCUUACUGGAACAUGGCAGGGUCUUACUGGAACAUGACAGGGUCUUACUGGAACAUGACAUUACAUUUACAUUUUAGUCAUUUAGCAGACGCUCUUAUCCAGAGCGACUUACAGGAGCAAUUAGGGUUAAGUGCCUUGCUCAAGGGCACAUUAACGUCAUUUAGCAGACACUCUUAGCCAGAGCGACUCACAAAUUGGUGCGUUCACCCUAUAGCCAGUGGGAUAACCACUUUACAAUUGGGGGGGGGGGGGGGGGGGGGUUAGAAGGAUUCCUUUAUCCUAUCCCAGGUAUUCCUUAAAGAGGUGGGGUUUCAAAUGUCUCCGGAAGGUGGUGAGUGACUCCGCUGUCCUGGCGUCGUGAGGGAGCUUGUUCCACCAUUGGGGUGCCAGAGCAGCGAACAGUUUUGACUGGGCUGAGCGGGAACUAUGCUUCCGCAGAGGAAGGGGAGCCAGCAGGCCAGAGGUGGAUGAGCGCAAUGCCCUCAUUUGGGUGUAGGGACUGAUCAGAGCCUGAAGGUACAGAGGUGCCGUUCCCCUCACUGCUCCAUAGGCAAGCACCAUGGUCUUGUAGCGGAUGCGAGCUUCAACUGGAAGCCAGUGGAGUGUGCGGAGGAGGGGGGGUGACGUGAGAGAACUUGGGAAGGUUGAACACCAGACGGGCUGCGGCAUUCUGGAUGAGUUGUAGGGGUUUAAUGGCACAGGCAGGGAGGCCAGCCAACAGCGAGUUGCAGUAGUCCAGACGGGAGAUGACAAGUGCCUGGAUUAGGACCUGUGCCGCUUCCUGUGUAAGGCAGGGUCGUACUCUCCGAAUGUUGUAGAGCAUGAACCUGCAGGAGCGGGUCACCGCCUUGAUGUUGGCGGAGAACGACAGGGUGUUGUCCAGGGUCACGCCUAGGCUCUUCGCACUCUGGGAGGAGGACACAGCGGAGUUGUCAACCGUGAUGGCGAGAUCAUGGAACGGGCAGUCCUUCCCCGGGAGGAAGAGCAGCUCCGUCUUGCCAGGGUUCAGCUUGAGGUGGUGAUCCGUCAUCCAUACUGAUAUGUAGAGAUGCGAUUCGCCACCUGGUUAUCAGAAGGGGGAAAGGAGAAGAUUAGUUGUGUAUCGUCAGCGUAGCAAUGAUAGGAGAGACCAAUGUGAGGAUAUGACAGAGCCAAGUGACUUGGUGUAUAGGGAGAAAAGGAGAGGGCCUAGAACUGAGCCUUGGGGGACACCAGUGGUGAGAGCACGUGGUGCGGAGACAGCUUCUCGCCACGCCACUUGGUAGGAGCGACCGGUCAGGUAGGACGCAAUCCAGGAGUGAGCCGCGCCGGAGAUGCCCAGCUCGGAGAGGGUGGAGAGGAGGAUCUGAUGGUUCACAGUAUCAAAGGCAGCAGACAGGUCUAGAAGGACAAGAGCAGAGGAGAGAGAGUUAGCUUUAGCAGUGCGGAGAGUCUCCGUGACACAGAGAAGAGCAGUCUCAGUUGAAUGACCAGUCCUGAAACCUGAUUGGUUUGGAUCAAGAAGGUCAUUCUGAGAGAGAUAGCAAGAGAGUUGGCUAAAGACGGCACGCUCAAUAUUUUUGGAAAGAAAAGAAUGAAGGGAUACUGGUCUGUAGUUGUUGACAUCAGUGGGGUCGAGUGUUGGUUUUUUGAGAAGGGGAGCAACUCUCGCUCUCUUGAAGACGGAAGGGACAUGGCCAGCGGUCAAGGAUGAGUUGAUCAGCGAGGUGAGGUAGGGGAGAAGGUCACCGGAGAUGGUCUGGAGAAGGGAGGAGGGGAUGGGGUCAAGCGGGCAGGUUGUUGGGCGGCCUGCAGUCACAAGUCGCAGGAUUUUAUCUGGAGAGAGAGGGGAGAAAGAAGUCAAAGCAUAGGGUAGGGCAGUGUGAGCAGGACCAGCAGUGUCAUUAGACUUAACAAACGAGGAUCGGAUGUCGUCAACCUUCUUUUCAAAGUGGUUGACGAAGUCAUCCACAGAGAGAGGGGGGGGGGGGGGGGGGGGGGGGGGGGAUUCAGGAGGGAGGAAAAUGUGGCAAAGAGCUUCCUAGGGUUUAGAGGCAGAUGCUUGGAAUUUAGAGUGGUAGAAGGUGGCCUUCGCAGCAGAAACAGAUGAAGAAAAUGUAGAGAGGAGGGAGUGAAAAGAUGCUAGGUCGGCAGGGAGUUUAGUUUUCUUCCAUUUCCGCUCCGCUGCCCGGAGCUCUGUUCUGUGAGCUCGCAGUGAGUCAUCAAGCCACGGAGCUGGAGGGGAGGACCGAGCCGGCCGGGAGGAUAGGGGACACAGAGAGUCAAAGGAUGCAGAAAGGGAGGAGAGGAGGGUUGAGGAGGCAGAAUCAGGAGAUUGGAGGGAGAAGGAUUGAGCAGAGGGAAGAGAGGUCUUACUGGAGGGUCUUACUGGAGUCUCUUACUGGAGGGUCUUAUUGGAACAUGACAGGGUCUUACUGGAGUGUCUUACUGGAACAUGACAGGGUCUUACUGGAGGGACUUACUGGAGGGUCUUACUGGAACAUAAAAAAGUGUCUUACUGGAACAUGACAGGGAUCACUGGAGGGUCUUACUGGAACAUGACAGGGUCUUACUGGAGCGUCUUACUGGAACAUGACAGGGUCUUACUGGAGGGUCUUACUGGAGGGUCUUACUGGAGGGUCUUACUGGAACAUGACAGGGUCUUACUGGAACAUGGCAGGGUCUUACUGGAGGGUCUUACUGGGACAUGACAGGGUCUUACUGGAGGGUCUUACUGGAACAUGACAAGGUCUUACUGGAGGGUCUUACUGGAACAUGACAGGGUCUUACUGGAACAUGACAGGGUCUUACUGGAACAUGACAGGGUCUUACUGGAACAUGGCAGGGUCUUACUGGAGGGUCUUACUGGAACAUGACAGGGUCUUACUGGAGGGUCUUACUGGAACAUGAAAGGGUCUUACUGGAGGGUCUUUCUGGAGGGUCUUACUGGAGGGUCUUACUCUAGGGUCUUACUAGAGGGUCUUACUGGAACAUGACACGGUCUUACUGGAGGGUCUUACUGGAACAUGAAAGGGUCUUACUGGAGGGUCUUUCUGGAGGGUCUUACUGGAGGGUCUUACUGGAGGGUCUUACUGGAACAUGGCAGGGUCUUACUGGAGGGUCUUACUGGAACAUGACAGGGUCUUACUGGAGGGUCUUACUGGAACAUGGCAGGGUCUUACUGGAGGGUCUUACUGGAACAUGACAGGGUCUUACUGCAUCUCAUCUGUCUGGCCUGUUCUGUACAUAUCGAUUAGGCCAAGCACUCAGUGUACAGACUGUACCAGGAGAUGGUACAUACAGACUGUACCAGGAGAUGUAACAUACAGACUGUACCAGGAGAUGGUACAUACAGACUGUACCAGGAGAUGGUACAUACAGUGAUAUCUCCAUGGUCCGUAUGAAGACAUCUCUACAGUGAUAUCUCCAUGGUCCGUAUGAAGACAUCUCUACAGUGAUAUCUCCAUGGUCCAUAUGAAGACAUCUCUACAGUGAUAUCUCCAUGGUCCAUAUGAAGACAUCUCUACAGUGAUAUCUCCAUGGUCCAUAUGAAGACAUAUCUACAGUGAUAUCUCCAUGGUCCAUAUGAAGACAUCUCUACAGUGAUAUCUCCAUGGUCCAUAUGAAGACAUCUCUACAGUGAUAUCUCCAUGGUCCGUAUGAAGACAUCUCUACAGUGAUAUCUCCAUGGUCCGUAUGAAGACAUCUCUACAGUGAUAUCUCCAUGGUCCGUAUGAAGACAUCUCUACAGUGAUAUCUCCAUGGUCCGUAUGAAGACAUAUCUACAGUGAUAUCUCCAUGGUCCAUAUGAAGACAUCUCUACAGUGAUAUCUCCAUGGUCCGUAUGAAGACAUCUCUACAGUGAUAUCUCCAUGGUCCAUAUGAAGACAUCUCUACAGUGAUAUCUCCAUGGUCCAUAUGAAGACAUCUCUACAGUGAUAUCUCCAUCCCUUGGCCUGACUUGGAUGUAUUCAGUCGUAUCAUGAAAGACAUAGCAAGCAACCCACAGUGCAGUGAGUGCGUUCAUUUCUUAGUGUGUGUGUGUGUGUGUGUGAUCCUUGAAGGAAUUGAACCCAUGACCUUGGGCACAUGCCAGCGCCACGGAGUACAUUCCAAAUGGCACCAAAUUCCCUUCAUAGCGCACUACUUUUGACCAGAGCCCGAUGGAGCCCUUGUCAAAAGUAGUGCGCUACAUAGAGAAUAAGGGUGCUUUUGGAUGCAGCCAUUCUCUUACCAACUGAUCAACACACGACAUUAUUAGAUUUAUUUAAUGUCACAUCAAGAUUAGAGCCUGACCGCUCUCAGAAAUGUUACUAUACACUGUAUGAAUAGGCGGCAUUCAAACAGAGCGUUUUAUUCCAGGUUAAUUCAUUACUGUUUGCUUUUCUGACAAAUACCAUUAGUCAAAUACGCUUUAGUUAGUGUGUUUUUUUGUUGUUGUUGGUCUGUACGUUCACAUGCCUCUGUCUGGACUAGACUGGACUGGAGGAAAGUGAUUGGUGUUAGUGGAAAAAAAAUAAAAACUGCCUCACAAUGGAGUCUCCUGAAUGAUCCCUGUGGAGAUAUCGUCCAAUUUGUAAGUCGCUCUGGAUAAGAGCGUCUUCUAAAUGAUGUAAAUGUUAUGUGUCAAGCAAUAGCCACCCUGUUCCCUGGUAUGGGCCCUGGUCUAAAGUAGUGCACUAUAUAGGGAAUAGGGUGCCAUUCUCUGGUCUAAAGUAGUGCACUAUAUAGGGAAUAGGGUGCUGUUUGGGACACAUCCUACUCCCUAUGUGUCUCCAUCCUACUCUAGACUUUCACAUUCUUGACUUGUUUUGGCUGAUUCAAAUCUCUGUUCUGGUUUUACACGUUCAGAUAUCGCAGACACGUCGUGUGUACGAAGACAGGGACAUGCUGAAACAGGAAAGGGCCUUCCCCAAACUGUUGCCACAAAGUUGGAAGCACAGAAUCGUCUAGAAUGUCAUUGUAUGCUGCAGCUUUAAGAUUUCCCUUCAAUGGAACUAAAGGGCCUAGCCCAAACCAUGAAAAACAGCCCAACACCAUUAUUCCUCCUCCACCAAAUUGUACAGUUGGAACUAUGCAUUUGGGCAGGUAGCGUUCUCCUGGCAUACGCCAAACCCAAAUUCGUCGGUUGGACUGCCAGAUGGUGAAGCGUGAAUCAUCAGAGAACGCGUAUCCACUGCUCCAAAGUCCAAUGGCGUCGAGCUUUACACCACUCCAGCUGACGCUUGGCAUUGCGCAUGGUGAUCUUAGGCUUGCGGCUGUUAUUGUGCUGACGUUGCUUCCAGAGGCAGUUUGGAACUCGGUAGUGAGUGUUGCAACCGAGAUCAGAUGAUUUUUUUUUGCGCUGUGCGCUUCAGCUCUCAGCGGUCCCGUUCUGUGAGCUUGUGUGGCCUACCACUUCGCGGCUGAGCCGUUGUUGCUCCUAGACAUUUCCACUUCACAAUAAAGGCACUUGCAGUUGACCCGGGGCAGCUCUAGAGGGGCAGUAUUUGAUGAACUGACUUUUUGGGAAGGUGGCAUCCUAUGACGGUGCCACGUUGAAAGUCACUGAGCUCUUCAGUACGGGCCAUUCUACCGCCAACGUUUGUCCAUGGAGAUUGCAUGGCUGUGUGCUCGAUUUUAUACACCUGUCAGCAACGGGUGUGGCUGAAAUAGCCGAAUCCACUAAUUUGAAUGGGGUGUCCAAAUACUUUUGUAUAUACAGCGUACACCUUGGAGGUGCUCAGAAAUACUUAUAGUGUGUUUUGUGUGGCUUUGAGGCCAGGCUGGGGUUUAGGGUUAGCUUAUGUACCUGGCCUGCAGCUGAAAUGGCACCCCUAUUCCCUACAUAGUGCACUACUUUUGGCUAGGGGUCCAUAGGGCUCUGGUCAAAAAUAGUGCACUAUGUAGGGAAUAGGGUGUCAGUUUGGACACAGCCCAGGUACAUAACCUAACCCUAAACCCCUGACCUCCGACCCCUGACCUCUUCCCUCUGUAUAUAACCUCCCUACUCUUCUUUUAUUUUACUCUUUAAAUAUUUGCUUUUUUUUUUUUUUUUUUCCUUUUUUUUUUUUACUGCAUUGAUGGUUAAGGGCUUGUCAGUAAGCAUUUCACUGUAAUGUCUACACCUGUUGUAUUCGGCGCAUGUGGCAAAUCAAAUUUGAUUUGAUUUGAUAACCCUUGGUCUCUAACUGAUGUGUCUCCUUGUUUCCAGAUACAUUGCCAUCGUCCACCCCGCCUCAGAGAAGCGGACCAUCCAGUGGACCAUCGUCAUCAACGUCCUGGUGUGGGUCGGCAGCAUCCUGCUCACCGUGCCCGUCAUGAUCUACGCCGUGGUGGUGAGGAAGCGCGACCUGCAGAUGUGCAUGAUGCUCCUGGACGGGCCUGAGGACAUGUACUGGUACACUCUCUACCAGUCCAUCCUGGGCUUCAUCCUCCCUCUCGUCAUCAUCUCCACCUUCUACUCCCUCACCCUCUUCCACGUCUUCAGAUCCAUCCGCCGAGUCAAGCGUAAACAGUCUGUCUGGGCGAAGCGCGCCACCAAGACCGUGGUGAUGGUCAUCGCUCUCUUCCUGGUGUGCUGGAGCCCGUAUCACGUGAUCCAGGUGAUUAACUUGAGCAACAACAGGCCAACCAACACCUUUGUCUAUGUCUACAACAUCAGCAUCUGUCUGAGUUACUCCCACAGCUGCAUCAACCCUCUGAUGCUGCUCAUCUUCGCUCAGAACUACCGCGAGCGUCUCUGUCACAGGAAGGAGUUGAGGAGCUCGCAGCAGAACUCCUCCAAGACCACUGUGGUCAAGACAGACGGCUCCAGUGUGGCCACCGACCCCAACUACCGCUGCACGGUCGUCUAA